UUCACGGAGGUGGACGUCGAAAAGUAAGCACCACCUAAGAAUAAAUCCUUUUGACAUGGCAGUAGCGGCUUCCUUUGAGACGAAUUUUCCUGGAUCAGUGCGAACUGCAAGGAAGCGGGUGAAAGAUUCGGAGCUGAAGAAUUAUGUGGCCGCAAAUACAGUUGCUUUGACUCCCCAGUAUAAAGAACAGAGGUUAGAGUUUGCAAGACAAUUUGUAGGAAGCCCAGACAACUUCUGGGAGAAUAUUAUAUUUUCGGACGAAAAAAGUUUUCAGUCUUGCUCCGAUGCUUCUGUCCGUGUCUACCCACCAGAGAUUAUAAGCGCAGCGAUAGAUUCUCCAUUAACGUUUGGGCUUGGAUAAGCUGCCAAAGUCCUGAUGUUUGUUGUGACCAUGCUGUAUCCUCAGAAUUUCACUUUCAAGCAGGAUAAUUGUGCAAUUCACACCUCAAGAGUUGCGUCAGAAUGGUUCAUUGAUAACAACAUCGAUGUUUUACCUUGGCCCUCAAAGUCCUGGGGAUAUAUGGUGAAAAAAAUUUACGACAGAAACUUCCGUCCAGUUAACGUCGAAGAACUUUGGGAGGCAAUU